CCUAUUUUGCUACAGAAGAAAAACAUUGAACAAGGGUUCACGAAGAAGACAAGAACAGGGUAUUUAUUUCUUGCUUUUGUCUUCAAUUCUCCACGAGAGGACGCUCCUCGAUCCACAUAGAACACACACGAAAAUCUCCUCUUGAAUGGCGAGUGAUUAACAAGCCUUCGAUCGUUAUCUUCUUUGAAAUCGCCUCGAUUUUCUCAAUUUCCCGAUACAUAUCUGAAUUAAACUCCUGGUUUCCUGUAAUCAGUGUUCAAACAAUUUCCGAGUCGAUUCUGCUCGAUUUCUGCUCGAUUUCUGCUCGAUUUCUGGCAUUUAUUGAGCUCACCCCCACUUUUUGUUAGUGGGAUCUCGACAAAUUCUCUUCUCGUAGGUUGUUUGGAAACUUUUGAAUGGAUACUAAUAAUUGGAGACCUACACAAGGUGGAGAACCCGGAAUCGAAGCCGGGGAUUGGAGGUCUCAAUUGCAGCCCGAUUCUCGGCAACGAAUUGUCAACAAAAUAAUGGAGACAUUGAAGAGACACCUUCCUGUUUCUGGUCAUGAGGGAUUGAGUGAGCUGAAAAAAAUUGCUGUAAGGUUUGAGGAAAAGAUUUAUACUGCCGCUACCAGCCAGUCAGAUUACCUAAGGAAAAUAUCUCUGAAGAUGCUUACUAUGGAAACAAAAUCUCAGACCCCUAUGGGAACUUCAUUACCAUCCAAUCCUAUGGUGCCUAGCAAUAAGCCUCUGGAUUCUGCAUCACAAAGCAUGCAGCCCCAAGUUCUAAAUCAAGGGCAAUCAAUUUCUGUUCCUCAGUCUUCUAAUCAGCCUCAGUCACGCCAGCAACUACUCUCCCAGAAUAUCCAAAAUAAUAUUGUUUCUCAGAGUUCAUCCAGCUUACCUUCUGCAGUACCUCCUGUCUCUGGAUUAGCUUCAUCUUCAAUGCCAAACAUGGUUGGCCAGAAUCCAAGCAUGCAAAAUGUAUCUGGAAUUCCACAGAAUUCUGUUGGAAAUGCUAUGGGUCAAGGGGUUCCUUCCAAUGUAUUUACCAACUCUCAGAGGCCAGUACAAGGAAGACAAGUAGUUACCCAACAGCAACAGCAGCAGGCACAAACCCAGCAACAGCAGUUUCUUUUUCAUCAACAACAGUUGCAGCAGCAGAUGAUGAAUAAGAAGUUUCAGCAGGGAAGUAUACCACAACAACGUAUGCAAUCUCACAUCCCACAACAACAACAGAAUCUAAUGCAACCAAAUCAACUGCAAUCAUCUCAGCAAUCUGCUAUGCAACCUUCUAUGAUGCAACCUUCUCUGUCUAAUCUUCAACAAAACCAACAAUCUUCCAUUCAACAGCCCACUCAAUCCAUGCUUCAGCAACCUCAACAGCCAGUUCUUAGGCAGCAGCCACAGUCCCAGCAACAUGCUGUCAUGCAUCCACAGUCUACAAUGUCACAGCAGACUAGCUUGCCUUCACAGCAGCAACAACAGCUAAUUAGUCAGCAACCAAAUUCUUCAAACAUGCAGCAAAAUCCAUUAAUUGGGCAGCAAAACAGUGUUGGGGACAUGCAGCAACACCUGCCUCAGCAAUCUAGGUCGCAUGGGCAGCAGAGCAAUCUAUCAAAUAUGCAGUCUCCACCAUCGCAGCAGCAGCAGUUAAUGGCUCAGCAAAACAACCUUUCAAAUUUGCAGCAGCAACAGCAGUUAGGACCUCAAAGUAAUGUUUCUGCACUACAGCAACAACAAAUGCAUGGAACUCAGUCAGGUAACUCAAACAUGCAAUCAGAUCAGCACCCAAUGCAUAUGCUGCAACAGAACAAGGUUCAUAUGCAGCAGCAACCUCCACAAAAUGCAUCAAAUUUAUUGUCAGCACAAGGUCCGCAAGGGCAACUUCAGUCAUCCCAACAGUUGAUGUCACAGAUUCCAUUGCAGUCCACCCAAGUCCAACAACAGGUACCUCUACAUCAGCAGCAGCAACAGCAGCCAAAUGCCAUGUCACAUGAUCUCCAACAAAGGCUUCAAGUUGGAGGUCAAGCACCAAGCUCCCUGCUUCAAUCACAAAAUGUAAUGGAUCAGCAAAAGCAGUUGUAUCAUUCACAAAGAGCUCUUCCAGAGACAUCAUCGACAUCUUUAGAUUCCACGGCUCAGACAGGACAAGCCAAUGGUGGAGAUUGGCAAGAGGAGAUUUAUCAGAAGAUUAAAGCUAUGAAGGAGUUGUACUUUUUUGAACUGAAAGAAAUGUAUCAGAAAAUUCUUCCAAAAGUGAAUCAGUUGGAAAAUCUUCCACAGCAACCGAAGUCAGAGCAGCUAAAUAAGCUAAAGACAUUUAAGUUAAUCUUGGAACGCCUUAUAGCAUUCUUACAGAUUUCAAAAAGUAAUAUCGUAAUUGGAUUGAAAGAUAAGAUAGGCCACUAUGAGAAGCAGAUUGUUAGUUUUUUAAAUUCUAAUAGGCCAAGGAAUCCAGUAUCUACACUGCAGCCAGGACAGCUUCCUGCCUCUCACAUGCAAUCUAUACAGCAGUCACAAUCACAGAUGACUCCAUUACAGUCUCCUGACAAUCAAAUCAAUCCCCAACUACAUUCUGCGAACAUGCAAGGUUCUGUGGCUCCGGUGCAGCAGAACAAUAUGAACAAUAUGCAGCAUAAUUCUCUUCCAACUUUUUCAGGAUCAGCAGCACAACAAAACAUGACGAUCCCAAUGCAGCCUGGUUCGAGUUUGGAAUCAGGACAAGGAAAUUCACUGAGCUCGUUUCAGCAGGUUGCUUCUGGGUCUUUGCAACAGAAUCCUGCAAACAGUUCCCAAAGGGCAAACAAUAAUUCUUUGCCAUCACAAAAUGGGGUGAACACUCUGCAGCCAAACAUCGGUUCUCUUCAAACAAAUCAUAACAUGCUUCAACAUCAACAUCUAAAACAGGAUCCGCAACAACAGCUGAAACAACAAAUGCAGCAGAGACAGAUGCAGCAGCUAAAGCAGCAGCAGAUGCUGCAGCACCAGCAACAGCAACAGCAACCACAAUUACAUCAGCAACAGUCGCAGCUACACCAGCAAGGAAAGCCGCAGUUACCUGCACAAAUGCAGGCACACCAAUUGUCACACCUUAAUCAAAUCGAGAUGAGACAGGGGCUUGCUACAAAGCCAGGGAUGUUUCAACAUCUCCCAGCGGCUCACCGCUCAGGUUAUACCCAUCAGCAGCAGAUGAAACCAGGAACUUCAUUACCAAUUUCACCCCAAAUCUUUCAGACUGCAUCCCCUCAAGUUGCUCAAAAUUCUUCACAGGUCGACCAACAAAAUCUGCUUUCAUCCAUUACCAAAGUUCCACCUUUGCAAUCUGCAAGCUCCCCUUUAGUUGUACUAUCUCCUUCAACGCCUGUGGCUCCAUCUCCAAUGCCGGGUGAUUCUGAAAAACCCACUUCUGGUGUCUCAGCACUUACAAAUGCUGGGAAUACUGGACAACAAACUAGUGUGUCUGGGACACAAGUCCAGUCUCUUGCCAUUGGUACCCCCGGGAUAUCUGCCUCCCCAUUACUUGCUGAGUUUAGUGGUACAGAUGGCGCUUAUGCCAAUGCAUUACCAACUGUUUCCGGAAAAUCAAGUGCUGCAGAGCAGCCUCUUGAGCGCCUAAUUAAAGCUGUUAAAUCAAUGUCGCCUAAAGCUUUGAGUGCCUCUGUCAAUGGCAUUGGAUCAGUUGUUAGUAUGAUUGAUAGGGUAGCAGGCUCGGCCCCUGGCAAUGGGUCAAGAGCUGCAGUCGGGGAGGAUCUGGUUGCCAUGACAAAAUGUCGGCUGCAAGCAAGAAAUUUUGUUUCACAUGAUGGAUCAAAUGGAACAAAAAAGAUGAGACGCUACACAAGUGCAAUGCCCUUAAAUGUUGUAUCAUCAGCUGGAAGCAUAAACGAUGUUUUUAAACCGUUUACUGGUGCAGAGACAUCCGAUCUCGAGUCAACUGCAACAUCUAGGGCCAAAAGGUCCAGGGUUGAGGCCAAUCAUGUUCUACUGGAAGAAAUAAGGGAAAUAAACCAACGUCUUAUCGACACGGUGGUUGUAAUCAGUGAUGAAGUAGUUGAUCCAAGUGCUUUAGCAGCUGCUGCUGAUGGGAGCGAAGGAACAAUUGUCAAGUGUUCUUUUAGUGCUGUGGCUCUCAGUCCCAGCUUAAAAUCCCAGUACAUGUCCGCACAAAUGUCUCCAAUUCAGCCUCUACGGUUACUUGUUCCUACAAAUUAUCCAAAUUGUUCUCCAAUACUCCUAGACAAGUUUCCUGUUGAAGUCAGGAAGGAAUACGAAGACCUUUCAAUAAAGGCCAAGUCAAGAUUUAGCAUAUCCUUGAGGAACCUUUCACAACCUAUGUCACUUGGGGACAUAGCGAGAACUUGGGAUGUCUGUGCACGUACUGUUGUUUCUGAGUACGCUCAGCAGAGCGGCGGUGGCAGCUUCUGUUCAAGGUAUGGAGCUUGGGAGAAUUGUUUGAGCGCUGCAUGAUUCAAAGAAUCGAUCGAAAAGGAUUUGGCCGACUGACCAGCUCGGUAUGUUUAGGGAAGACGGGCAGUUUAUUCAAGUAACGUUAGCGUAUCAUAAGGUAUGCCUCACUAAAGCUGAAAGUACACGCUGCAUGUUGUUUAAUCAGGGCUAGGCUAAUUCAGUAUUUAUAUUACCACGGUGGAUCUGCUUUGCUUGUGAACACUGAUUCCUCUUUGUUCUCUCUCUCUCUCUCUCUCUCUCUCUCUCUCUCUCUAUAUGUAAAUCAUGAAAUGAGGGACUGUAAAAGUGAAAUACCUGAUGUUCACUGAAUGCAUAAAUUUAUUGUCUGAGUUGAAAAGUAUAUGUGGGAAUAAAAUUACUGCUGUGUUCAUCUUGGACUAGACCUA